AUGAAUGAUGAUGUUAUUACUGGCGGGUCGAGAAUUCCACGAACUCCCAUACAACCCAGUGUGCCCCAAAUUAACGUUCCCCGGCCGAGUGAGCCAACUGUAGCUAGAUCACUUAAUUUCGAUAAGUUGCAUGCUGAACCCCAAAUUGCACCUGGUACAUGUCCAUCUUGUACCACUCCCAAACCAAUUGCUGAACCAGCUAGUGAACCCGCUUUUUCCGUUGUAAGUACACAACCAUCUAGAGUUAGUUCUCAGUUAAGUAAGCUUAGGUCUAACGGUGCGUACGAAGCCGUAGCUCGUCUUGAUCUUGUUUCCAGACGGAAACCCAGAGGUGAAGAAAACAACCCAAUCGGAAGCCCAAGCGUCCGUGCUGACAUCGAUCUUCAUAUCACAUGCGAGACAAUUCCUGAUAUUUCUGCUGAGUCAAAUUCACUGCAUCACGGAACUGCAAGGCGUGACACCACAGAAACACGAGACAGUCCUAGCCUCUUUUCAGAAUUUUGGAACUUCAAUCAGACACCGAGAAAUACGCUACCUACAUCUAACGUACGAAGUAAGAAAGUUAUCCUCCCACUUGGAGGUGCAGCUACUGACCCAUCAACAGUCGUUUCUGAUAGACGUCCGCAACUUAAUCUUCUACCUGCGGGAGCUACGCCUGCUGACUCCGCUGGAACCGCUAGUUCCGGAAAUCAACUCGUUGCUGAGGAAAUUGGACAACUUCCCGGGAGCGGUCAACCCGAACAACGUGCAGCUGGCAGAGGAGAUCAAACAAACACUCUCCCAAGUCAAGGUCCGAUUGCAACGGUUCCUACCGUCCCAUACGGCGGAGGACGUAACUCAACAACCCGCGGCCCAACAACCAGCACACCAUCAAGAGGAGAGAACCCCUCAACCACCGAUACCAGUGCGACACACCGUCCACCGCCCUAUUCGCUUCGCCCGUCGUCGAUGUUCGACCCAACGCCCACGCAUACUGAGUACACCACCCAGGAGCGUCGCAGACGUUACAGCGAAUCUCGAUCGCCUACGAACAGCGUUCCAGCACAGUCUCAGACUUCGCAACAGGGAAAUUUAGGAUUUCGAUUGCCACAUACUUUCUCCCGGUUACAAUUACUUCCUCCUUUCACCGGAAGCCCUAUUACUCGUUUUGACUCUUGGUUAGAAUCAUUUGAAAGUAUAGUAGAUGGGUCGGGAUGGUCAGAAGAAAAAACGAUUCAGAUGUUACGUGCUAAAUUAACGGACAGAGCUUUUUCCGUCAUUCAGGCAAUUUUAAAAGAACAUCCGCAUGAUUAUGAGUCAAUUAAAGAAGCAUUGCUUGACCAUUUUCAUGGCGAUGAAAAUGUUGAUUUAUAUUUUCAAAAGUUUAACAAAGCCAAACGUAAGCCAGGUGAAAAAGUUGUCGAUUACGCGCUACGUAUACAGGAAAUUUUUAAACGCGCGUAUCCCGUAGGUCAUUCCGAAAAAUCGUUUGCAGUUAUUCUCAUGCAAAAAUUUAUUGAGGGAUUAGACUCCAAAUUGCAGACAAAAGUCAAAUAUAAGGAAUUUAAAGAUUUUAACGAACUGGUUGCAGCAACACGGGUGUACGCCCUCAGACUAGAAGCGUUGGAAACCGAUCGCGAAAAACAGGAGUUUAUUCGAUCCAUAGACGGGUCACAAGACACCAGCAGUGCAGAGUUAAAAGAAAUUAAGCAGAUGAUGAUAGACCAAAAGGAAGCUGUCCCGUUACAAGCAUUAUUUGAUACAGGCGCGUCUAAAAGUAUUAUUCACGAGAGAUUAUUUAAAAAGUUGCCCCCUAGAGGUCAGGUGAUCUGCAGUCAGCUUGAUUUCGAUUUAUAUGAUGUAGGGGAGAAAAAGUUGCAUACGUUGGGAAAAGUGACUUUGCCCGUUGGAUACGGAGAGUCAAUUUUACAACAAGAAUUUAUUAUUACAAAUGGUAUUUCUGAAGAUUGUAUCCUUGGAUGGGACGCAAUUCAGAAACACGCAUUUAAGCUUGAUGGAGAAUCUAAGAGCAUUUAUCUAGCUAGAGAUGGGCAAGGCUCAUCUUCUGUUUUUAGGGUACCGGAAAUGGCAGUUACGACGGUCAAAAAGACGACGCUAUCUCGUCAGACGUCGCUCGUAAUUGUAGGCCAGCUAAAGGGUUCAUUUCCGUAUGUUUCCCCUAACACCGCAUUUAUAUUUACACCAGUAGAAAAUUUGCCGGCAGGAGUUUAUAUUGAAGAAUUUAUCGGAAAAGUAUCGGGAGAUGGAACGUAUAAUAUUGUAGUUGAAAACCAUUCGUUAAAUCAAGUCAAAAUCCCAAGAAACACCAAAUUAGGCGUAAUUGAAAUUAUUCAUCAUGUCAUCGGAAAAAUAGCUUUAGAUCAACGAGAAGCUAAGCCUAACGAAAUAACUGAGCCUAUUGUAAUUUCAGAAGUCAACACUGAAUUUCAAGCACCGCUCUCUAAAUUACUAAAUGACUUCCACGACUUGUUUGCUUCAAAAGAUUCCGAACUAGGGAAUACUAACCUUAUUAAACACACAAUUGAUACCCAAGGA